GCGUACAGUCUGAGCCCUGAGGAUGUGGGCAGGGCACUGCAGCUGUGCGGGCUGUUGGAUCCGGCCACUGACCCAUGGGUCGAUAUUCAGAUUGGCAAUUCCGCUGCUGGUCUGACGACUUUACGCUCCCUUCGGAGGGAGGACGAGACCGGAGCCGAGGACGAGGCUGGUAGCGGUGUCGAUGACGGGGCGAGGGCAGCCGCUGAGGCCACGUGUGCUGCUACUGCUGAUGGUUCCAGCGAUAGCGAUACACUGGCGGCGGCAGGUGUUGCAGCGGCAGAGGGCAUGGCUGCCGCAAGUCAGGUCCAGAGUGACUCGGUAAAGAAGGAGGAGGAGGCGCCCACGCUGUGGCUGCCGUGUCCCGUGGCGCUGCUGACCCGUGGGUCACGAGUCUUACAGGACAUCCGCGUAGUCAGUUUCGACGGCGCGUCUGACGGGAGCUUGCACGGGAGUUCUUUGCAGUCCACACAACCGCCGCCAGUGCAUGCUUCCGCGUCUACGUCGGCCGCGGCGUCAGCGGACGUAACAGCACGCAGUGACGCGUCGCUAGCCAUGGCAAUGCUGCUGGGUACAGACGUACAUGCGGCCUCGACAGCCGCGGCAGUCGAAGCUGCCGCCGGAAUCAGCAGCGGCGGCGGAGGCGGCGGCGGCUGUGUCGUACGGCUGCUUGAGGUGACGGGACCGUUGCCUCAGACGCCGGGAGGUUUGCUUUUGCUUGAGUGCCGUCGUACCCCCGGCGGCGGCGCCGCCGCCGACGCAUCAUCAGUGCAGGCGACGGCGACCGCGACUGCUGUCACUAACGCGCCUGUGCCGCUGUUGGUGCUGUCGGAUACGAACGAGGGUGCCUUUCAUGAGCUGCUUCGUCUGCGUCGUCACAUGGCGGCGGCGCUACUGGGCGCUCGGGCCGGAGACGGAACGGCGGACCUUGGCAGGGGCCAAGAAGGCGCUGACGGGGCGGCCGCGGCGGUGUCAGCAGGUUCAGCCUCAGCUGUGACAGUGGCAGUGACAGCGGCAGCGGAGGAGAGGGAGGCGGAGACACAGGCGAAGGCGGCAGCUCACGUGGAGAUGGCUUGUCAGCAAUUCCUGGUGGACCUGGGAGCGCUUCUGGACGCGACUGCGGCAGCCACUGCGACGCCUGCUGCGGAGGCGGAGGUGGCGGCGGCGGAGGAGGAGGAGGAGGAGGAGUCACCCUCAGCAUACAGACCGCGCGCUGUCGCGGGUUGCGACGCGGGAGGCGGUGCACGAGCUGUGGUGGAGGAGGAUGACAGUGGUGGUGGUGGUUCUGGGCUGUGCCGGUUUGAGGCCAGCAUGCAAUCGCUAUUGCGGCAUAAUGUCCAGUCGCAGUCGCAGUUUCAGUCGCUGCAGGGGCCAGCUGACCUCGACGACAGCAGCAGCUACGCGGAGUAUUUGCUUGACGUGGCAUGCACCCUGGUAGCGGGGUGUUGCGUGGCGGCGGGCGGCAGCAUGCUGAUGCAAACCGCACGUCUGGUGCUGCGCUGCGCCUGCCGCGAUCUAGCGCUGGCAACGCCGGAGGUGCUGUUGACGGAGGCAGGGGCAGACCCGCGGGUCACCGCGGAGCUAUUAGCGGAUUUUGAACCCCCAACCAGCACUGGGGGGUUAAACGGAAGAAGCCUGGGGGGAGGUGUUGGCGGUCCUCCGCAAGAUGAUGCGAGUGGUGAUGUCCGUUUAGGACUUGACGUCGAGCUGAAGGGCACGCAGAGCAGAAGCAUGCCGGCACCAAGCCCACCUCCCGCGCCUUUGCUGCCGUCGUCAUCAGCAGGGAACCAGCUGUGGCGCCAAUGCUGGUGGGGACUGUCGCACCAGCAGCAGCACCAGCAGCAGCAGUGCCUGCAUCGAGCCGCAUCCUACGCUCGCGCGCCCUACGUCUUCUUCUCCUCCUUGUUUGCGGCGCUGCGUUUCGCUGACCCCGAGGAGGAGGCGGAGUACUGGAGGUUCAUGGCGGGCAGGGCGCGAGGCAUCCUGUGGUCCUACUUCCUGUGUGUCACCCUCAUCACAGCUGUCAGCUGCUCCCGCGCCGCGCUGGAGGACGGCCCCGCAGCCGCCCUCAGCCUGCUGCUCUUCUCGGGCGGCCAGGCGGUUGUGAUGGGCGGCUACUGCCUCCUCCUCGCAGCAUGCGACCGCCGCCGGGCCGGCGCCGUCAGCAGCUCAGUUGCCUCGCAACGACGACAAGCAGCACCAGGGGGGCAGCAACAGGAGCGCCAGCAGCAGCCGCAGCGGUGCCCUGAUAGCGGCAGCAACCGCUAUCAGCACUUGGAGGGGCAUAUGCAAGCCAACCCGCCCUUGAUUCCCGCCUCCCCUGACGGCCCCGGUUCCGCCACCUGCUCCUGCUCCUCCACAACCCCACGCCGCCAGAGCGACGACGGCGGCGGCGGCACUGCACCAUCCUCCUCAUCCUCCUCCCCAUCAUCAUCCCCCUCUCGCCCUCAUCCUCGUCCUUUCCGCUCCGUCUGUUCCGAGGUCACCGCGCUGGUCGCCGCCUGCGCCGCCGCCAAGGGCGUGCGGGUGGCUGCGGUGGCGCUGAUGGGCUGCGGGGUGCUGCGGGUGCCGGCGCUGAUGGGGCCCAUGGCGCUGCGAGGGGUGGAGGUGGUGGCGGAGGCGCUGCUGAGACCCGUGGUGGAGCGGGUGCCCUUCCCGGUCUUCGUGCUGCUGCUGCUGCUGGAGCUGCCCGCCGUGCUGCUGCUAUACCGCCACUACUGCUCCAUCUUCCCGGCCUUUUGGCUCCGAAACCACCCAGCCCUGCGGACCCUGGUGUACGGCGCCCUGGCCACUGCCGUACACCUCUCCACCGAGCUCUUCUGGCGGCGGGAGUUCCGGCGACUUGCGAGGAGCAGGAGCGGGGGCGGGAGGGAUGGGGGGAGGGGGCUGCUGUGCGGAUGUGAUGCAGACGGGUGUGGCGGGUGCUGUGGUUGUGGCAGUGUGGGAGGUCUUGGCUGUUCGCUCCCGCCAGCCUGCAUGGCAGGGAACAGCGCUGGAGAUGCGGCUGGUAAGGAAGCAGAAGGAGGGGGUGGUGGCUUCGGAGGUAGUGAGGGCCCCGAGGGCCACGAUCAGUGUUGUUGUGGAGGCUUUACGGAGGGGGGAUCUGGUGAAAAGGGAGGAGGGAGGGGGACUCGCGACGACAGCGUGGCAGGGGCUCCUGGCCCAAGUUCGAAGAAGGAAGACUGAUGUGCAUUCUGACUUGUGAAUGUGUGUGUUUGGAGUGUGGCGGGCGCAGGUCAGCAUUCCUGCGGAUCGCCAGCUUCGGAACGUCCCUGUCUUUGUUAUUAUUAAAGGGCCCUGACACAAGGGCGGGUGUCACGGGUUGUUGCUCGAGAGGAGCUCGCCAUUCCUGCAUCCUUCGUUUCGUACACUGUCAAUCCCACUGCGUUUAGGCGUCCUUGGAAAAGAAGGCUUCAGCCUGAUACAUAUUGUAGGUAUUGUGUCAUAGGGCCCCCAUCGCCGCCAGAUGGGCUGCGUAUUGAUUGCAAUGGGCUCGUCGCCGUAUUGUUGACUAUUCACGGCUGCAUUGCUCGUUUGCCCAUAUUCGCCUACUCGACCUCCAAGCCCGCUGACGUGCUGUGUCCGUCGCAUGCAGUGUUUGUGCUCCAAUGGGUGAACUCACGUGAGGGGUCUUUUCGGACCGCGGGAGAAGCGAAUGUCCCCUGGGAAGGCAGUUGGCAAGGGAGCUGGUUAGCCGGUUAUGGUGAAUGAUCUAGUUGGACGGCAGAAAGCAUAGACGUUUGGGCUUUUGGCGCAGCCUGCGUAUGAAAAUUUAAUACCAUGAGGUAGGUUUUCAAAUUCCCUAUCCAAUGGUGUUAAGAUUGACGACAAUGCGCAGAUGGGGCCGACAGUGCAUCAGUGCGACAUUGAUGUUGAUGUUGCGGGCGUCAAGACAUCCACUGCUACACAUGCAAGCGCCAUGUGCACCACCAGAGCGUCGUAGCCUUGUUUCUUUUGGUGUUCCUUUUUGGUGCAUGAAUAUCGCCUGAGCGGGAGGGACUCCCCCUCUCCCAAGCAUUUGCGGCACGCAUCACCCUGAGGGGGGAGAGGACUCCCUGUCCCCCCUUUUACCCCCCUCCCCCUGCGUUUCUUCCUCCUGUUCCCCCGCGUGCACAUUAAGUGCAUAUGUUGGGCUACCAGCGGGGCAGCAAGAAACCUCCAACUGUCUGGAGGGUGACAACGGGUCAAAUCUUACAUCUACC